AUGGAGAUUGCAGUGCCCUCCACCGCACAGGAAGCGGGGAAGGAGUGCAGGCCCCAACCCCCCUUAGCAAUGUCUUCUCCCCAGGCCUCAUGCUGGGCACAGGGGACCUCGGUCUGCACUCAAGUUACUUACCCUAUAGUAGGGGAGGAAGACAAGGUAGGCGAUGACAGUACACAGUGCCAAGUGUCACACGGUGAGCACAAGGAGAUUCAGUGCACCAAUUUCUUCCUGGCCCACGACCAGAGCCACCCCCGGCUGGAUGAAUCUUCCUGCAAGGAUAUUGUCAAUGCCUUGUCCCUGGUCAACAUGGUCCUGGGGCUCUUCUCCAUCUUCUGCAGCUUCUACAGGAAAUCCCACUGUGCCUCCUGGCUCCUUCUCAUCAGCUUCCUAUUAGACAUGGCAGUCGGGACGAUGACCAGGCACCUCAGCAGCUGCUCUAAAUCGAGAGCUGAGCUGAACGACUUCGCUGUCUUCACCACCUUUGGGCUGGCCUCAGCCUUGCUCCUAGGAAUGGAUGGGCCUCUCAGUGGGCUGCUGGCCAUCAUGUAUGUGUUAGCUACUUCUUUCCGCCUGUGCUUUUUCUCAGCUGGAGUUCCCUUCAUAUACAAGGGUCUACCCUGCUCCUACGCUUCCUGUGUUUUGGCCUCCACCUCCCUUCUGACCAAAGGCAACACAUUCAUUCUCUGCUGCGUGGCUUCGCUUAUGAUUCUAUUCAUGAUGGACCAGACCUACUAUCCCCAUGAAGAAAUCUUGGAGUCUGAGAAAUGGAAAAAAAUCGUUUAUCUGGGGGGUGUCAUCAUGCUGUUUUUGUCUCCAUUCUCUCUGACUCCUCUUUACUGCCUGCUGUGGUCCGUCUCCUACAUCUUCUUUCCAGAUUCUCUGUGGGGAAAGACAACCUGUCUCAGGCCACAGCACCGAGGAAACUGAACAGCUCCGCCAACUCCCUCUGGCCUCUGUGGGGUUUAUGUCAUCAUGGUGGGCCAAGCCUUGCCUUACUCUUACUAAAUCUUUCCUUGUCUCUGUGAUGUGCAUGUGCUUUGAACCAGAGCAACCCGCGAGAGGUGAAGUGGAAAGCUGCUUCAUACUGAAGUUAUGAGAGUUGUCUCGAAGAAAAGCAUUUGAGUUUGAGCUGAACUAGCUGCUCUUUUCAUGCAACGCACAAAGGACGACAGACAAACU